AUGGCAUUAGACGAAAUGAUUGACGGAACUGAAGACGUUCUUUUAUUUUGGAAACGUCAUGCACAAUCAUUUCCUACAUUGUCUAUAAUCGUACGCGAUCUUUUUUCAAUUCCAGCUUCAAACACCAUCGUUGAAAGGUUAUUUUCUGCGUCGAAAAACAUUGUAACUGAUCGAAGAUCAAGUAUAGGUGAAGCGAAUCUCAACAAAUUAUUGUUUCUCAAAACGAAUCUCGCCGCAUUAAAAGAAUUAAAUGAUGUAAAAAUAAAAAAAAAUAAUGAACAAAUGAAACGAAAAGUCUCUACAGCCGAUGAUGAAUCAAUCGUCACCAUCAACCACAACGACUCCAACAGCUUCAGUUCAUCACCAAUUACAAAAAAGACAAAACCUAACGAGGACAAUGAUGAUGACGAAUCUCUAAAAGACAACGAUGACACGAACGAUAGUAUUGAACCGUAUAAUAUUUUUUUGGAUUUGUAA